AUGGAGGAACAUGAAGAGAGUAUUUAUGUAUCUGCGCGGUUAAGGGCGUUGAAUGAGAAAGAGAGAAAUGAUGUUUCAGAUUGGGAAUGUAUAAAUGACACAACUAUUAUCUACAACAAUAGUAGCUCUUCCCCAUCCGAACGUUUGAUGUAUCCCUCUGCAUAUACCUUUGACAGGGUAUUUAGCAGUGAUUGCUCGACAAGACAGGUGUAUGAAGAAGCAGCUAAAGAAGUUGCUCUUUCGGUUGUCAAAGGAUUCAAUUGUGAGUAAUAAACCAAAUUAUUUACUUUUGUCUGUUGCCUCAUGUGUGUCUGCUUGUAGUUUUUGGACCUUCUAGUCCAUGUACUGUAUGAUUAAUCUAAAAUUAUUUAUGUAUCGACUAGCAAGUGUUCUUGC